ACACAUCCUUAAGGAUACUCAGAUAGCCAACAUGAUCUCAAAGGUCGCUCUCGUCGUUUUCGGCCUCGUGGCCCUGGUAGCUGCUGACAGCAGGGAAUCCUUUGAAUACGCCCCCAGAAGGGGAUCCUCCGAGGAGUCCUACGAAUCCAGCGAGGCCCAUUACAGCUUCAACUGGGCCGUCGACCACGACCCUUCCAGCAACGAAUUCGGACACCAGGAAACCCGUGACGGAGACGACACUCAGGGAUCUUACUACGUUGAGCUCCCCGACGGUCGUCUGCAGACUGUCAAGUAUUUCGUCGACGGAGACUCAGGCUACGUGGCUGAGGUCAACUACGAAGGAAGCGCCUCAGCCGAGUCAGGCUCCGCUGAGUCCUUCGAAAGGCCUAGAUACCGCUACGACUCCAACGAGUCUAAGUAAAGUGAUUAUUCACGACGGAUUCCAUGCCACCGAGGAGAGAUUGUAUUUAUUGUCUAUUUAAGCUUAUUAUAUCAAUAAAACUAUUCAUGCUCUGAUA